AUGGCUGUCUUGUGGCUUUUCUCCUGCCUUGCACUCUUCAGGGCUGCACAGGGACACGACUGUGGUGUCCCUGCCAUCCACCCCAUCGUUAGUGGCUACCACCGCAUUGUCAACGGAGAGGAAGCAGUGCCUGGAUCAUGGCCCUGGCAAGCCUCCUUGCAGAGUAGCAACAAGCGCCAUUUCUGUGGUGGAUCUCUACUCAACGAGUUCUGGGUAGCAACUGCUGCCCACUGCAAGGUGACGAGUGAUGACAUUGUGGUGCUUGGUGAACAUGACCGCAGCUCCCCUGUGGAGAACAUCCAGGAGUUGGCUGUUGAGCAGGUCUUCUCCCACCCAAACUGGAACCUUCCUCCUAGAAGCUAUGACAUUGCCCUUAUCAAACUGGCCACCCCUGCUAAUAUGAGUUGCACUGUGUCACCAGUGUGCCUGACAGAUGAUGUGGAUCUGUUCAAAAGUGGAGACCUUUGUGUCACCACCGGCUGGGGCAGGACUCGCUACAAUGAUUUCAACGCCCCCAGCAAGCUGCAACAAACAGCCCUGCCCCUUCUGUCCAAUGAAGAGUGCCAGAAUAAGUACUGGGGCGACAAGAUCACUGACCUGAUGAUCUGCGCGGGUGCAGCCGGCUCCUCUUCAUGCAUGGGCGACUCCGGGGGUCCCCUCGUGUGCCAGAAGGAGGGUGCUUGGCAGCUGGUUGGCAUCGUGUCUUGGGGCAGCAGCCAGUGCAGCGUCACCAGCCCAGGCGUUUAUGCUCGUGUCAGUCGGCUCCGCGGGUGGGUUGAGGAAACCAUGGCCCAAAACUCACCUGCCUGA